UUAUUAAUUCGUAUGGGAAACGGUUAUCGCAUUUCAAAGUGGAUGAUUGCAUGAUGUUUGUGGUGAGUACAAUCCAAUCUCAUGUUUUCACGUUAGUCCCCUCUAAGUCUCAUUAUUCCACUUUUCAUGAUCGAGAAAUCUUCGCAAUGGGUCUCUACGAUAAUUUCGGCGUGAAAACCUUUUCAAAUUUCGGCCCCAGCACAUCAACGAUGUGGUGGUUGCUUGGGGGUGUUCCGAAAACUUUUCAAGCCGGAAUGAAUAAUUCCACAGCGUACAUGCCUUAUAAACUUCUGAAGGCUGCAUAUGGCUUCACUCCCCGUGUUUACGUGAUGGAUCCAUUAAAAUCGUGGUACGGUUAUCGACGAAGCAGAUUACAGAACAACGUGCUUUCCGUUUCCCUCAAAAAUGUUCUUGCUUAUGGCACUGCAUGGGUUCUACCUUGUGCGGAAUUCUUGGAUUCCUUCAAUUCCAGUGUUGCUACCAUUGUGGGUGGAUUUGUAAUGACUGCUUCAGACGAAGUGUAG